AUACGUGGUACUGACCACGAAGCACCAUGAAGGCUUCACCAACUGGGGAUCACCCGUGUCCUGGAACUGGAAUUCUGUGGAUACGGGGCCCCACCGAGAUCUGGUAGGAGAGCUGGGACAAGCCCUCAGGGAGAGCAACAUACACUAUGGACUGUAUCACUCUCUGUUGGAGUGGUUUAAUCCACUCUAUCUAGCUGACAAAGAAAGUGGCUUCAAGACCCAGAACUUCGUUUUAAAGAAGACCAUGCCAGAACUUUAUGAUCUUGUCUUAAAAUAUAAACCAGAUUUGAUUUGGUCGGAUGGAGACUGGGAAGCUCCGGAGUCGUACUGGAAUUCGACCUCUUUCCUUGCCUGGCUUUAUAAUGAUAGUCCUGUCAAGGACACUGUUGUUGUUAAUGAUCGCUGGUGUAAUAACUGCUCUUGCCACCAUGGAGGCUACUACAACUGUGCUGACAAAUACAGGCCAGGGACUCUGCCCCCUCACAAGUGGGAGAUGUGCUCCUCAGUGGACAGGCUUUCCUGGGGCUACCGAAGCAACAUGAGUAUUGCUGAGUUGAUGGAUGAAGCAAGCAUCAUUGAGGAGCUAGUGCAGACUGUGAGUUUUGGAGGCAACUAUCUUCUCAACGUGGGGCCUACAAAAGAAGGGGUGAUUGUUCCCAUCUUCCAAGAAAGACUUCUGGCCCUUGGCAGGUGGCUGGACACGAAUGGGGAGGCAAUUUAUGAAUCGAAGCCGUGGAGAGUGCAGAUGGAGAACAGCACAGACACAGUCUGGUACACUUCCAAGGGACCUGCUGUCUAUGCCAUCUUUCUGCUCUGGCCUCGGGACGGUGUUUUGAAGCUCUCCUCACCCACUCCAUCCCCAGCCACACAAGUGACCCUGCUGGGGUUUGCAGGGACUCUGAAGUGGCAGAAGUCCCCAGGUGAAGGAAUGCUCAUAACUUUGCCCUACAUGCUUCCAUCUCCUCUCCCUCCUCAGUCUGGCUGGGCUGUCAGGCUUGAGGGUGUGAAGUGA